GCCAGGACGACUGGAGGUCUUAAUUCUGACAUUUACAGUGGACCUUGCGUUACUGUGUACUUUACUUGUUCGUUUUUGCUGUCAAGAUGUCAGGGCUGUGCAGGGUGCUGAGAGUUGGAGCAAGGGCAGGGCUACGUCUGCAGUCCCAUAGUGCUGCUUCCUCUAAAGCAAAAGCUGGACAAGAAGGACAUGGAUAUAACUUUGAACUGAACGAUCAACAAAAGGAGUUCCAAGCUACAGCUAGAAAAUUUGCCAGAGAGGAAAUUAUUCCUGCUGCACCUCAUUAUGACAAGACUGGAGAGUAUCCUGUUCCUCUCAUAAGAAGAGCAUGGGAGCUCGGCUUGAUGAACACCCAUAUUCCAGAGACCUGUGGUGGGCUUGGGCUUAAAAUUUUUGAUACGUGUCUCAUUACAGAAGAGAUUGCAUAUGGCUGUACUGGUCUUCAGACUGCUAUUGAGGCAAAUUCACUAGGACAAAUGCCUGUUAUUAUUGCUGGCAAUGAACAGCAGCAGAAAAAAUACUUGGGUCGUAUGACAGAAGAGCCUUUGAUAUGUGCAUAUUGUGUAACAGAGCCUAGUGCUGGUUCUGAUGUAGCCUCGAUAAGGACUAGAGCUGAGAAGAAAGGUGAUGAAUAUAUCCUUAAUGGGCAAAAAAUGUGGAUAACAAAUGGCGGAAAAGCUAACUGGUAUUUUGUUUUGGCUCGCUCUGAAGGUGAUCCUGGUGUUCCAGCUAGCAGAGCUUUCACUGGUUUUAUUGUGGAAGCAGAUACUCCAGGGAUACAAAUUGGAAGAAAGGAGAUAAAUAUGGGUCAGAGAUGCUCUGAUACCAGGGGCAUUACAUUUGAAGAUGUGAGAGUGCCAAAGGAAAAUGUUCUUAUUGGUGAAGGAGUCGGAUUCAAAAUUGCUAUGGGAGCUUUUGAUAAAACCAGGCCGCCGGUUGCAGCUGGAGCAGUUGGCUUGGCUCAGAGAGCUCUUGAUGAAGCCACCAAGUAUGCUUUGGAAAGGAAGACCUUUGGAAAGUUUCUUGCUGAGCAUCAGAUUGUAUCCUUUAUGCUAGCAGAAAUGGCUAUGAAGGUAGAAUUAGCAAGAAUGGCAUACCAGCGAGCAGCUUGGGAGGUGGAUCAAGGCCGCAGAAACACCUACUAUGCUUCAAUUGCUAAGGCAUUUGCAGGUGACAUUGCAAACCAGGUGGCUGCUGAUGCAGUACAGAUUUUUGGUGGCAAUGGCUUCAACUGUGAGUACCCUGUGGAAAAGUUGAUGAGAGAUGCUAAAAUCUUCCAGAUAUAUGAAGGCACUGCCCAAAUUCAGAGAGUGAUUAUUGCUCGUGAGCACAUUGGAAAAUACAAGCAGUAAAUGGAAUUGUACAUCUACUAAGUAGAAACAUUUGAAUUAUAGAGUUUAUGAUUUAAAUUAUUUUCCAUUACUGUUUUCUGUAUAUUCACAGGAAAAUUUGGGUGCCUUAAGAAAAGGUUAUCAUAGCUGACAUUAUGAAUGAAAACAUUUUAAUACAUUAACAAAUAUGUAUUGAUUUCGAUGUGUGGUGAUCUUUUUUUUUUUUUUUUUUUUUUUUUUGCAAAUGUUUUAUUACCUCAUUGAUUAUACAACCAUUUUGUAUAAUUUCCUGGCAUGGAAAAUAUGCAUUUAAUAAAGUUAUUUUAUAUCUU